AUGGCCGCCGACUCGCCCUCGUCGUCGUCGUCAGGCGUGGCCAGAAGGCUGGCUCACCACCACCAGGCCGUGCUAGGGCUCUUGCUUGGUCUCUUCGUCAGCCUUGUGCUCUAUACAACGGUGUCUGGUCAGUUCCGGUCCACGAAUACCAUUGUUGUUCUGCAGUCCACGCCGGCAGAGGGUACCGAGCAAAACGCCAUGACUUCUCCUCCUCCGGUGUCAUCAGCGUCAUCGGUGCCUAAUAAUUCUAUUCAAGGCAGCGUGCAUGAUAAUAAAGAAAAAUACCAGUUAGGCCAAACAGUAGAUGCCAGCGACAAGAUGGAGGGAGAUCUCACUCGGCAAGAACUCGAUCAAGACGGCCGUUAUGGGAAUAAUGGAAGCAACGUCAAACAUGGUGCUCCGCGCAAGCCCAUCUGCGACCUGUCCGACCUUAGAUAUGACAUCUGCGACAUUUCUGGCGACGCCCGUGCCAUCGGUCUCAACCGUACCAUCCUUUAUGUCCCGCCUGCCGAUGAGCGCGACACCGGCGGCUCAGAAUGGGCCAUCAAGGACCAGUCCCGCAAGUUACUGGUGGACAUCAUUGAGGUGAAGGUCAAAACCCUGAGCACCGCCCAGUCCUUGGUGGCGCCGGAGUGCACCUCCCGGCACGCUGUCCCGGCCGUCGUGUUCGCCAUGAACGGGCUCACGGGUAACCCGUGGCACGGCUUCGGCGACGUCCUUAUCCCGCUCUUCAUCACCACCCGCGCAUACGACGGUGAGGUCCAAUUCCUUGUCACCGAGCUCCAGCCAUGGUUCGUGGACAAGUACCGCCUCAUCCUCGCCAACCUAUCACGCUAUGACAUCGUCGACUUUAACAAGGAUGAUGGCGUCCGGUGCUACCCGCACAUCAUAGUUGGCCUCCACAGCCACCGUGACCUCGGCAUCGACCCGGCCCGCACACCGCGCAACUACUCAAUGCUGGACUUCCGCAUGUACAUCCGGGACAUCUUCUUGCUCCCGCAGGAUGGUCAAGGAAUCCCGUACAAGGAGGCCAACAGGAAAAACGCAACCACCGGCACUGGAACGGAGAAACAAAAGCCACGGCUCAUGCUCAUCAACCGGGGCGGGAACAGGAAGUUCGUCAACAUUCCGGAGAUCUCUGCGGCGGUGCAGGCCGCCGGGUUCGAGGUGCUGGUCGAGGAACCGAGCUUUGAGGUGAGGCUCGAGGAGUUCUCCCGGGUGGUGGACUCGUGCGACGUGCUAAUGGGCGCGCACGGGGCCGCGCUCACGAGCUUCUUCUUCCUCCGCACCAACGCGGCCAUGCUGCAGGUGGUGCCAUGGGGCGUGGACACCGCCAUGGCGUAUUUUGGCGUGCAAGCCAAGGAGAUGAUGCUGCAGGACGUCGAGUACAACAUCGCUGCGGAGGAGAGCACGCUCUAUGAGAAGUACGGCAAGGACCACCCAAUGAUCAGUGACCCAGAGUCGAUACAUAGGCAGGGGUGGGAGUUGACAAGGCAGUAUUUUUGGCUAGAGCAGGAUAUCAGAAUCAACGUCACCAGAUUUGCGCCUGUGCUACACCACCUGCUUCAGACGCUCAGGGGAUAGAGGAUAGACCUACGGAUAAAAUUUACAGAUUGUAUUGUAGGAACUGACGUGGGAUUAGAUGAUUGGAAAUCAUGGUGGUGAGACCCAAAUAUUCAUGGUAUAAACCGACCAGUUGUUAAUUUAUAUAUUUAUAGAUUGCACAG